UCGCGCUCUUCAGGAGAAUGGACGAAGAAGAAAAAGCUUGAGAAAAGAUGCCGAUUGUUGACACUGGCAACGCUCUUCAUUGAGAACCUCGCGCGGGCGCAAAAAGUCCUCUAAGUACCUCAAGUUUGUUUUUAAAAACGUAUACCCAACAUGGAUGAUUAGCUGGUUCAUGAAUGGACACUCUCGAAGAGGGAGCUGGUAGCUAGUUUUAGUUGGCGAAUGCUAACAUCGGGUUCCGCCGCUCUCUUUUUCGCUUCUUCUUUUCUUGUCUGAAUUUGGUACUCAUAAAUUUAACAUAUCCAGCCUCCUCAUGUGUUUCACGUUCGUCUGUCUGUUGUUUUAAGCGUGAAAGAUGUCUCUUGUACUGGACGACACGGCAGUACACGAACCUGUCAAAGACAUCAGCCAGCCUCUCAGAUCUGCACAAGACGUUCAUAAUGUGCGGGUGCGUGUGGACGUGUCGCGGGUGUCCAGGAAGGAAUUGGAGGACAACUUUCUGCAGCUCCACGAUGAAUCGCUGCUCCUCAAGCAACAUAUCCACCAACAGGAGGACAAGAUCAGGAAGCUGGGCACCAAGUUGCUGAGGUUGGUCAAGGACCGCCGUCGCAUGGAGCAGCUGGCCGGAGGCGGGGGCGCUCCGAUGGGGCCCAGGCGGUGGGACGCGGAGAAGGAGGACUUGGUCGAAGAGUUCAAGGAGAAGGUGCGAGCGCUGGAGGCCGACAACGAUAAGCUGAGGCAGCGUCUUUUCGUGGCCAAGCAACAGCAGCAGCUCAUCGCCUCGUCCCCCGCCGCCCGCUCGUCUCACACGCGUGUCCAAACACGUGCCGCCUCCACCCCCAGGAAGCCUGACGACAUCUCUCCUUCGCCCACGCCGCCCAGACGCGCCAGGAGCGCGGCAGGUGACGAGCGGCCGCCCAGCGGCCAGCCGGCGGCGUACCUGCACGCUUUGCUGGAGGAAGCGCGAGAAAAGAGCCGAAACCUAGAAAACGUGAUCGAGUCGCAGCAGCGUCGCAUCGCUCAGCUGGAGGAAGAGAAAAACGUGACGCUUCAGCAGCAGAACAAGUCGGAACUCAGGUCGCAGAUCAACAACAACGUGACCAUGAUCAAACUGCAAAAGCAGCUGGCGGAGCGAUGCAACGCCAUGGUGGAGCUGGAGGAACGCUUCCUACAACUGCAAGAGAGUCAGCACACGCAGAAGGCAUGUUAUGAUGCCGCCACAUCCAAGAUGGCCGAGCUGACGUCGCAGCUGAGGGAGGAGCGCGCUAAGAGCGUGGAGCUCAGGACGCAGCUGCAGACGGAGCAGCUGUCGCACGCCAAGAUGCGGCAGUUGGAGGAGCGCGUGGACGAGAUGGAGCAGGAGAAAGAGCUUCUAAAGGAGCACAACGAGAAACUGCUUAAUAGCAUGUUGGACGGCUCCCAGCAGCAGCGGUGGAGCGUUCAGGAGCGGCAGCUUCAGCAGCACAUCGCCCAGCUGGAACAGGCGCUGCAGGGCGACCUGCAGGACAAGAAGAAGAUUUUGGAGGAGGUCAAAGCUGAAAGAGAUGCCUGCGAGAAUCUGACGGAAGAAAACCGCAAGCUCGUGCAGCAGCUGGCCGAAAAGAAGCGUGAGAUUGAGGAGCUUCAACGCCGCGUGGACGCCUACAGCCGGACGGACGACUACGACGGCGAGAAACUCACCGAGGCGCUGCUGCUCAUCAAGGCGCAGAAAUCUCAGCAGAGCGGAGAGUCGGGCUUCCUGCAGGAGGGUCAAGAUGGCGGCACGAGAGAACACGCAGACGCUCACGUGGAAACCAUUCACGAGCUGGAGAAAGUCAGGCAGCUGCUGGCCGUGGAGAGUCGCAUCAGCAGCGACCUGAAGGCGGAGCUAGACAGCGUUCAGAAGAAAAUGGAGUGUGACAAGAGGUCGCAUGCGCAGCAGCUGGAACAUCAGGCGCAGAUGAUGGCCGCCAAGGAUGCCAAAAUGCACAAACUGGAAGCUCAGCUGCGAGAUCUGGCCUACGGCGCCAAGAGCGUCAGCGCUCAAGACCGGGACCAAAGUCCGGCGCUGGAAGACGGCGAGAACCUGGUGGAACUUCAGAUCAUCUGCGCCACUUUGUCCCCGGCCGCCCUGGAGGCUCUGGGUGACCCGUCGCCGUCCACCUUCUGCACGUACGCCUUCUACCUCUUCGAUCUGCACGCCACUCCGGUGGCCACGGGGCCGACGCCGCACUACGGCUUCACGUCGCAGUAUGUCGUGAGCGUGGACCGGGGCUUCCUGGAGUACGUCGGCGAGCGCCGGCUGUGCGUGGAGAUGCAUCAGGCGCUCGGGCUGCGGUGGAAGACCGUGGCCACUGCCGCGCUCGAUCUGCGCCGACUCCUUCGGGACGGGGCGGCGGCCGGCACGCUGCCGCUGGUCGGAAAUUACGGCGAGGACACCUCCUUCGGAUCGCUGGAGUAUUGGAUCAAGAUGCGCAAUCCCAUUGCCGAGUCUGAUAGGCUGGCGGUGGUCGGAAGCCAUUACGAACAGAUGGCGGCCGGCGUCGAGAAGGAGCUGCUGGUGGAAGUGCGCGGCUGCGGCGGCCUGCGAUCCAGAUGCUCGUCCCUUCCCAGUCCCUACGUGGUCUACAAGUUGUUCCACUUCCCCGACUAUCCCACCUCCACCGUGCACGACUGUUGCCAGCCUCGCUUUGCCGACGCAAAGUCCUUCCGCCUGGCCGACGACGGCGCUCUGGAGCGCUACCUGGCGUCCGAAGCGCUCAACUUGUACGUGUUUGACUACAAGGAGCCGCGGAUGGACGAGUAUUUGGGCAAAGCCGCCGUUCCUCUGGCGCCGCUCCUCCAGGACCGGGAAAUCGCAGGCACCUUUGACCUCCACGACUCCUCCGGGCGCCACGUCGGCCAUAUUGAUCUCGCCAUCAAGUGGAAGUUGCCCGUCGUCCAAAGCGGCAAAGUUCUCCCGCCGUCGCACAAGUCGGCGGAGGCCGGUGGAGGCCGCGCGUUGUCCAAAAGACACGCGGAACCCUCAAAGCUCACCGGCAGCGGCGGCGAACCGGUCUUUGACGCCAAGGUGGCGACGCUGGUGCAGACCCCGACCCUGACGCCGGCCAAGAAACCUCCCGGCAAAGAUGAGCAGGUUGCCAAGAGAGUCACUUUCCAGGAAGUCCAGCCCACUAACCCGGAGUCGGCGCCUAGCAGGCCAAUCCACCUCGCCGAGGAAGACGAGGAUGACGAAGAGUCGUCCAUCUCCGAAGGUCAACUCCUCCUACCGCCCCUGACCUCUGACCUCUGUGACCCGCAACAACCCCUUCCUCCCACAGGUGGCGGCACGGCGCAGUCGGCGUCCAGACGCGACGCCAGCGAGUGGUCUCAAUCUGACAGCGACGGCGACGAUGGCAUCGUUCACCGUCUGGCCACGGAGUGCCCGCAGCGAGUGCGCGUGGAGGUGGCGUGUCUCAGCCUGGAGGCCGAGUCUCGCUUAUGUCGAGACGUCAGCGUCGUCCGACUCUUUGUCGAGUUCUCUUUCCUCGACAUGCCCACCGAGGAAACCCCCGUGUCCCUGCCCAAACCUCCCCCAGGGAAGAGCGUCAGUUUCAACUUCAGCAAGGUCAUUGCUGUGGAUGCGGCCGGCAGCGCUUCAAGACGGAAACUCCUCAAGGAAGUCCUGCGAGGACGACACCCCGACAUGGAGAGAAUUCGUUUCACCGUGGUGAGCGAGCCGCCAGAAGAGGAGGAGCAAGAGCGCGAGUGCGAGGAUGUGGGCGUGGCCUUCCUGUCCAUUCCCGACCUGUUGAGCCAAACCGAUGACGUGGCCCACCUGGACCUCCAAGUGGUGGACACGGAAGACGGCGUGUCGCAACUGGGAAAUCUGCGCGUUUCUUUUGAGGGGGUGCAGACGCUGCGCGCCAUCUUGGAAGAGUCCGACGGCGAGCCGAGCUUUACCCCGUCGUCGUCGUCGCGGUGACGUCAUCGCCGGGCACCCGCCCAACCUUUGGCACGCCGGACAUGUGACGGGCUCUUAGCGUGUUUUCAUCUGAAAUAAUAAAAAAAAAUAGUUUUUUAUGUUUCUAACCAGUGACCUUUUGUA